AUGAAAGCAAAACUGAGGACCAGCAAGUCGUUAGAGUUUCUUGACAAGACGGUGACUAGAGACGAAAAGGGCCGUUACAGUGUUUUGUGGCCUUGGCGAGCACAAACCCCGCACUUUUCAGACAACUUCGGUUUAUGUUUGGGACGCUUAAAAUGGAAAAUACUUGGUCGACUAAGUAGUAAAAAAGAGAAAAUACGUGAUGUUAAAGGUGGACAAAUAAAAGUUUUUUAUUUUGAAUUGACUAACGAUACGGGGCAUACAAUGCAGAUAGUGGCGUUUAACGGUGAGGCCGAAAAAUACUACAACGAAAUCAAACUUGGAAAGAUGUAUUAUGUUGGUGGAAGCAAAAUGAAGAACUGUGACAAAAGCUUCAAUACAACAAACCAUGACUAUGAAAUUUGGCUGAAAUGGUCAUCACAGCCGUACUUUUUAACUAAAUUAAAAGUAACCGCUAGAGGUACAAUCUCCCCGUCCAUCCCGUAUAACUUGAAUUUUGGAAAUCUAAAUCUAAAUACCGCAAAUGACGAUUCCGCAGAACUUGAAUUGAUUAAAUGUAGUAGCACUACACUGUAUAUAUAUUUUCCAUCCGAUAAAUUGUCUGAACCUCAUUUCUCUCCGUGCUGUUUUGUUGUCAAUACACUUCCAUCGUACAGGUCUGCUACUUUGGUUGGACAUUGGGUAUGCUUUUAUUUGGAAUCUCCUAAUGUGGCAUAUUACUUCGACAGUCUUGCUCAGGCAGAAAAAUACGAUUUGAGAAAAUUUUUGUCAGAAUAUAAAUGUGUUUAUGAAAUUGCUCAUGCACUUCAGUCUGACGUUACUGAUAACUGUGAAUGUUAA